AUGGGUGAAACAAUCAAGUUGGAGUUGGAUCAUCGCCAUAAUCAUCUUACCCACGACAGCACCGAGGUGGGCUAUCAUCAUCAAUAUUAUCUUCAUCAUCGUCACCGCCGUUCUUCAUCAAUACCUAGAAAUACAGUUGAUGAUGAUGAUGAUAAUGACGGUGGCGGUGGCUAUGGCGGUGGCGGAGGUGGUCCCGGUAAAAAUGGCGGCGGAGCUGACGAGGUGGAAAGGCCUAAUACUACUACUACUGCUGAUGCCUCUGCUGCAACCGUGAGGGCUAAUAGUUUGCCGCCGUUUGACAUUUUCCUUACCAACACCAACACUUUCGCCGCCGCCUUUAAACCCUCAGGCGGAGGAUUGGCUGCAAAUCUAGGAUUGCCAUUUACGCCAGCCCAGUGGAAGGAGCUGGAGAGACAAGCCAUGAUCUACAAGUACAUGACUGCAUCUGUACCAGUGCCUCCAAAUCUUCUCUUCUCACGAGAUCCAUCUCUCCCUUCUUGGAAUGCUGAUGGGGCGUACUUGCGAUAUAGUGGUUAUAAUACUAUGAAUAAAGAUAUGGAGCCUGGGAGAUGCAAGAGAACGGACGGCAAGAAAUGGAGAUGCUCAAGAGAUGUGGCUCCUCAUCAAAAAUAUUGCGAGAGACACCUGCACCGAGGCCGUCCCCGUUCAAGAAAGCAUGUGGAACAACAACUUCAAACCUCAUCGUCGCCAGGGCAAAACAAUAAUGGUAUUGCCAUAGCUGCUGUGGCGAACAAUCAUAACAGCAAGAAGUCCCGCCUUCAAACUACUAAUAUCGGGGGCAGUGGCUGUGGUGGUGUUAGUGGUUGCAGUAGUGAUCAGCCGAUUAAGAAGGGAGAGGAAGCUCUGUUACUCGAGGAACAGAACACCUUGAAUCAACGAAAGAGGGCAUUCGACUGGUCAGCAGAGCAGCAGCAGUGGCUGCAUUUGAUGGACAGCAAACAUGGGAUGAAUGCCCCUGGAGUCGACACAAAGGCAUUAAACACUGUUCUUCAACAACAGGGUGGGUAUGAGGUGGAAGAACCCUUGAACUUGUUUUCGUACGGUAGUACUGAUGAUUUUGGCCGUGGAAAUCUCCAUUAUAACCAGAUUGAUCAUAAUCAGUCUCAUUUACUUCUGAACAAUUUUGAGGGCCAGCAAGGAAAUGAUCCCACCAGAGGGUUCAUUGACGCAUGGUCAAAUGAUCAGGAGUCCAGGAUGCCAUCUUCUGAUCAGCAAAAUCCAUGGCCUUAUUCGGAUCACAGUUUAACGUUGUCGAUGGCCCUUGAUGCCCCGGGGAUAGGGUCCGUUGGGGUUUCAAGAUGUUCCCCUGUUUCUUGGCCGUCUUUCCAUUCAGGCGGACCAUUGGCGGAGGUUUUGGGACCAAGUAGUUCCAUCCCGGUUGGGUCUAAUCCUGCUUCGCCAUAUACAGGUAAUGGGGAUUCAAUCAGUCCUCCAGCAACUAGUGUCUCAUCGCCAACUGGGAUUCUCCACAGGGCUUUGUUUUCACACUCAGACAGCAGCGUCGAUAACAGCCCGACUCUAGGGGCUUCAAACGCCACGACACCAGACCUCAUUGCUUUUCAGUGGCUAAACUAA